GUUGACUUCUGCUUAUGGGACUGCGGUGCCCUAGCGGUCAGGUAAAGGCGCAGUUCGGGCAUACAGGAUGAGUCAGAAGAGAUGAAAUACCUGAUACGAUCGGGAUGUAGGAGGUGAAGGUAGGUGAGAUUAGAUAUAAUGACAAGUAGUAGCUUGAUGUAGAGGGUAUAGUCAACUGACCAUGCUCUCCUGUAGUACUGGCGCUCCCCCAUAGACGUCGCGCGCGGCGAGCGACGAUACGACGUCGAUUACCUAGCAAAGCAUGGUCAGUAACUCGUAUUACCAUCAUCAUCGUUCCUCCCCUCACCAAUCUCUGAUCACCGCCACGUGCUUGCCUCUUCACUCAACGCACGGUCACACGCUAGUCUCGCGCGGUUUCUUUGAUAGUGGUCCUCAGUGGUUGGGCCUCACUCUUACAUCAAAGCUCAACCAGUCUCUUGACUGUGAGCCAACCUAGAGCAUCGCGCAUUGGUCGAGCAACUUACACCAGCAAUGGCGCCCCGUAAGACCGCCACCAGCGACAAAGCCCCGAAGGCAGCUGUCACCAAGAAGACCACAGACAAAGUCAUCAAGCGACCGGCGCGCGGAUACCACAAGUUUCGAAACGGUCUACUGAACGUCACGCCCAAAGGUGGUGAAAAGGAGCUUGCCAGGCAGAACCAGAACUCAUCGCUUCUACGUCUACCUGCCGAGGUUCGCAAUCAGAUCUGGAAGCUCGUGUUGGGAGCGAAGGUAUACUGGGCACGCUACACGAAGAAGUUCCAGCUUUCACCGACGGAGCCAAAGAACGCCAUGGCACUCCUGCGAACCUGUCGUCAAAUAUAUGCAGAAACCGCGCUCAUGCCUCUAACGCUCUCGACGUUCGCCUGUGCUUCUGUUACGCAGGCCAAAGGAUCUCUGGGGAAGCUCAAGCCACAUCAGCGCAAACAGAUUACUUCUCUCCAGUUCUUGUGUCCUGGACCCAUUAGCAUAAGAAUGCUCCAAGAAGGUUACUUCAAGACCUACAAUUUUGUGCUUGCAAGGUCGCUGCCUAACCUGCAAGAGCUGCGCGUCCGUAUAUUCUCAGCUGGAGCUGUCUCUUCUACCCGCGAGACUGUUGAGGAUGAGGCGCGCGACUAUCUCAGACCAAGCCUCCAAGGCAUGUCGGUCGUACUGAAGGUUGAUCAGACGGAAGAAUUGUGGUCAGACUAUACACAAUCGUAA